AUGCUGGACGGCAUGUCGCUGUACGACGCGGCCUGCAGCUUCACCAACCGGAACGGCACGCCGCAGCCCAUUCCGACCAACGCCAAUGCCAUCUUCUCUCACGGUCUCAUCCACACAGACCGAGUCCUCCAUCGACUACUUGUCGUGCGAGAACGGCGGUUGCAAGAUGAUGCGCGCUUCUACUCGAUCGGCUGCCAGACGCUUGACGACACGAAGACCGUGUGGCAGACUUACACCAGCCUUGCGCUGCGGAUUGCGUCAUUGCUGCAGGUUCUGGACAAGCUUAACUACAACAUGCAGCGUGAGAACCAGCGUCGCAGCUCGUGCAACAGUCGAUUCUCGGUGGGCGUAGCAAUGCGCGAGCGAGAUCCGCUACCCGCCACAGCUCCGACGGCCAAGACGACCCUGUACAAGGUCCGUGCCAGGGGCACCGACGUCUCCGUCCGCGUGCCAAUCACCCGUCACGGCUCCACGAACCAGGCGCUUGCGCUCAAGUGCAUGCCCAAGGCUCUGAUCGUUGAGAACUACCUGCAGAAGAACGUCAUCUACGAGAAGGGCAUCAUCGCCGAGUGCGACCACCCGAAUACCUUCAAGCUGCGCGAGAUGUACCAGGAAGCCAACCAAGCAAGUGGAAAAGACACCUCAGCCAUUGGCAUUGUCCGCAGAGGAGACAGGUGGGUCGUGUGGGAGGAUCUCGAGGAGCUGUAG